AUGUUAAUGUAUGAUUUUUAUUAUAAUACUAAGAAAUGCCAGAUAUUUACAUUUUCCAGAGCUCGAGUUAUUUCUUCAUUUGAUUACAACCUUAAUGGUGAAACACUUCUUCGGACUAUGGAGGCUAUUAAAGACCUCGGUAUUUAUUUCGAUCCUAAACUUAAAUUUGACAGUCAUAUUACCAACAUUGCUAACAGGUCAAAUAAAAUCCUUGGUUUUAUCCGUCGUAAUUGUGCUGAUUUUGAUGAUUCAUUAGCUUUAAAGUCUAUUUACUGUAGCUUGGUACGCUCUAUUUGUGAAUAUGGCUCAAUAUGGUCUCCAUAUCAAUCGGGUCAUAAGCAAAUCAUUGAAAAAAUUCAACAAAAAUUCAUACGUUUCCUUUCAUUUAAAUGUUCCAUAAUCAGAGAACCCCAUUCUUCAUAUACUCCACUACUAACAAUUCUCAACCUCGAAACACUUGAACAACGUCGUCUGCGAUUAGAUUUGUACUUUUCGUAUAAACUUUUUUCAGAAAAUAUAGACUGUCCUGAGUUCCUAAGUCGCUUCUCCUUCCAUACCCCUAUUCGUAACUCCUGGUCUAAAAACACUUUCUAUCUAAACACAGAAGUAACUAAUUACGCAAGCAAUACUCCCCAUCAUAGAAUUAUGAAAACUAUAAAUAAAUUAAGUAUCGACCUGUUCAUAUCACCAAACUUCAACUCAUUCAAAAAUUAUUGUAAUUCCUUACUUGUUAAUUGA